AUGGAUGCUGAUCGAGACUUGAAUUUCGCGAUCGGAUGGAAUCGAUUCAAUUUGAGCCUCGUCGGCAUCUGGCCCGAUCCGUUACAAAAUUCUAAACAAAAGAGCGGACUUUCCCGAUGUCGCUUUAUGAUAGCCAGUUUCUUCAUGCUAGGCUUUAUGUGUAUACCGCAAUCGACGAAUUUGGUAUUCAUUUGGGGUAACGCGGAUAUGAUGACCGAAAACCUGGCGACCGCUAAUAUCCCAGUUGCGAAUUCUUUCAUGAAAGCAUUCACCAUCUGGCGUAAAAGAAAAGUUUUGAAGUCGUUGGUCAACUUCUUCUACCAAGAUUGGCAUACGCCAAAAACGUUUGAAGAAAGAACAAUUAUGCUGAAAAAUGCUAAACUUGUGAGAAAGAUAUCCAUAUGGUGCACAAUACUAACGCAGACCAUGGUAACCAUUUAUAUCGUUCUAAGGAUCUCGACGAUCAUCAGAUUUUCACCUAGUGACCCGGAUCGUCCCAUGCUUUAUACGGCCUAUUUUCCUUUCGAUAUUACUAAAAGUCCGAUUUUUGAAUUGGUUUGCGUAUGCCAGAUGCUAUCUGCUUAUAGCGCAACGGUUUCUUAUACCGGUAGCGACAGUUUCAUUUCCAUGCUAGUACUCCACGUCUGCGGCCAAUUCGAAAACUUGCGCGAGAGGCUUAAAAAUCUCGUUAACGAUCCGAACGGAGUAAAAACGUCUCAAGAGUUUAAGAGUGAACUGAGACAAAUUGAAGAAGAAAAUGAAUCGAUGACCUUCCAAUUAAUUUUUCUAAUCAUUUUCGUAGGAUUUAUUCUAGUUCACUUGUAUAUUUAUUGUUACGUCGGUGAAAUGCUGCUUGUUCAAAGUACUGAGAUAGGACUCUCUGCGUACGAAUCUAACUGGUUUAAUGUAUCAGGAAAGGAAGCCAGAAAUCUUCUAUUUAUCAUAUAUAGAUCGACAGCGCCUCUUUGCUUAACUGCUGGGAAAUUCAGCACAUUUUCUUUACAGAUGUUCAGUAAGAUUGUGAGAACUUCACUCGGUUAUCUCUCAGUAUUACUUACGGUAACCGAACGGAAAGAAUAA